GAAGUCUGUCUCGCGCAACGCGCAAAGUGAGAACUGGAUUCAGCCCCCCCUCACGUCCAAUCUGUGCAUAUGCACCAACUGGCUUUUUCAAUAACAAACUUCGAAUUCCAAAACAAUUGAUUCGUUAACGAUGCUUGUUUUAAGAUGUCUACUGCUUGCGGUCACCUUUGCUGGUCAUUCACGACUGACCAAUGCCUCCAUUUUCACAUCGAUAAAUCGUAUAAAGCAUAUGGUACUGUCCGAGAAAUCGAUUCUGCAUAAGCUUCAACGUGGCUUAGGAAAACUAGACAACGGUCCAAAAGGAUCUAUCUUUCAAAGGUUCCAUGACCAGCGGCUGCAUAAACUUAACGAACGCAAUGUGACGUCACUACUGGUCUCACUGAGGCACCCAAAUGGACUGUACCAAGUCAUCAACGAAUACGCUGGAAUCUACAACGGCCUUCGAAAAGCAUUGAAUGGUAUGCCUCUGUCUGCAGAGGUUCAGGACCAGCUUGCCAACAUAGCAGACGACGAUGACGUCAUAGGAGCAAGAAAGUCUCUCGUUCGUCUUCAAAACAUCUAUGGUCUGGACCCGAAGGAAAUGAUCAAGGGGAACUAUUUGGGCUUCGAAGGACCUUCUCUUAACCCUAUCGAUUCUUACGCCAUAGGCCAGGCAGCAUUUUCAGGUGGGAAAUAUAAAGAGAGUAUUGAUUGGCUGGAGGUGGCCUUGCAACUGAGUGAAGACGAGUCUGACCAGAACGAUAUGCUGGACAUCCACAGUAUGGGCAGAGUUGGGAAGAACAAAGACAACAACGGUAUAGAGCCCGACUCCGUCAGGGCUCUCCUUGGCCAUGCCUUUCAAAGGCUGGGUGAUCCUGCAACAGCUAGAAAAUGGUUGGCUGAAGCAAGACGAGAAGGCUCCCAUGAUGGGAAUGUGGAUCUCGGUCAACUGCAGGAGACCAAUGACAUGGAGGACAAUAUCAAAACGGCAGAGGACUUCAAGCGUCUGUGUAAGCUACAGCAUAAAACCAACACGAAAAUCACAGAUCACAGCUUAUUUUGUAGAUACAGAAGUGUCUACUUGCCGUAUUAUAGAUUUGGAGAGGAAGUAAUUUCAUGGUCUCCCUUCCUGAGUCUUUUCUAUGACGUCAUCAGCAAUCGUGAAGCGGAAAUGAUAAAACGCCAAGCCAGUGACAAGUUGUUUCGGGGAGGCGUUGUUGAGAAGACUGGAGGAGAGAUACGCUCCAUUCGCACAAGUCACAUCUGUUUCAUAGACGAUAAAGAAUCGCAAACCGUCAAGCGUCUGUCUGCACGAGUGCAAGAACUCACAAAGCUGAACACUGAGAUACACCCUGGGGGAUUUCAUAAUGGACAAAGCGGUUCGGAACCUCUACAGGUGGUGAACUAUGGUCUGGGAGGGCACUAUUCGGUCCAUAUUGAUCCCUAUACGUGUCCAAUAAAUGGAUCAUGUCGUAUAGCAACACCUUCACCCGUCGAUGCGGCCGGAGAAAACACGACAAGCAAAAAGACAUAGAAAAAGACGUUUACUCAGACUACUCUCAACCUGCCUAUUAACCUUAC